UUGUUUUCAUGGAGGCUACAUUAGCGCAACACCUUGAUGAUACAAUGAAAAAUCCUUCGAUUGUUGGAGUUUUGUGUACAGACGCCCAAGGGCAUAAUCUUGGAUGCCGUGGCUCCCUUUCUGACGAGCAUGGUGGAGUUGUGUCUGUUCUGGCUAAACAGGCUGCCUCUCUAACGAAAGAUCCAACAGACACUCCCACUGUGUGCCUUGAAUCAGAUUCAGGGAAUGUGCUGGUGAGGACGCAUGGGACGGUCACAGUAGCGGUGCAUAAGAUGGUGUCAUAAAGUCUCUGGAUGCAUCACAUCCAUCAUCAAGAUCUCAAAGUUGUUGCUCAU